AUGAAGGCCCCCACGGAAGAGUUUCCUUUCGACUAUGAUGUCCCUCGUCGAUCUCGAAAGAUUCUGAGAUCGAACACGGACGACAGAGCGAAGACUGUCCGCGUCGAAGUUGGGAGGACCUCUAGUCGAAGCCCCAGUCCUGAAACGCCCGCAUCUGACGUGGUAAAAAUCCGCGUUUACAGACGUGACGGAAAUGCAACUCAAAUUCGCUGGAAGGGUGUCAAGGCGGAGGGUGUCAAAACGGAGGAGGUUCGACUGAGGAAAGGCGAUGUUGUCGUGCGCGACACCAGGGUGGAGGCCUCGAUGACACAAAAUAUCGAACCAACUCCGGGGUGGGGGUACACCUCAGAGUCGCAAUGGUAG